AUGUGCGCCGCGAUCCGUAAAGCAGUAAUUCCGGCGGCGGGUCUCGGGACCAGGUUUUUGCCGGUAACCCGCUCCGUGCCCAAAGAACUGCUGCCGAUACUCGAUCGGCCGAUGCUGCAAUACGUGGUGGAGGAAGCGGCGGAAGCGGGAAUAACGGACGUAAUCGUGGUUACCUCCCCGGGCAAGGAAGGGAUCGCCGAGUAUUUCCACCCGCGACCGGAUCUCGAGGCACGAUUGUCCGAUGAUGCCCAGCUCCUGGAAAAGGUCCGAUCCGGGGUGGACCUGGCCACCGUGUCAUUUGUGAUUCAGGAGCAACCCUUGGGAUUGGGCCACGCCGUGCUGAUCGGCGCGGAAAGCGGUAGGAGACGAAUCCUUUGCCACGGCGCGGCGGCAGUGGCGGUGGAGCGCGUGCCGUGGGAACUGGUACAAAAUUACGGCGUGGUGGAUUCUGAACCCUCGGGAGAGGGUCGGCACCGGGUCCACGGGUUGGUGGAAAAGCCGCCGCCCGGAACCGCGCCCUCCAACCUGUCCAUCGUGGGACGGUACCUGCUGCCCGCGCGGGUAUUCGAUUGUCUCGAGCGAACGCCACCGGGCGCUCGUGGUGAGGUCCAGUUGACGGAUGGCCUGGCGUUGCUAAUGGAAGACACGGCCGUUUAUGCCUGCGAGUUCGAAGGAGUACGCUACGACGGCGGCAACCCGCUGGGGUUGUUGCGGGCCUCGCUGGAGUACGCGCUGAAACGAGAAGACACCCGGGAACUCGCGACGGAUCUGGUACGACGGUUGGCGGCUGAGCUGUAG